GUUCCACGGUUCGACUUACUGCCCGACCACUCUCUUCCAAUUACUUCUCGCUCCGCGAGUUUCCUCCAACAGGGGGCUCGCGAUCCUCGUCUUCCUCACCAACCCGUACGUGAUAUACCGACAUACGUGGAAAGAAAGAGAGAGAGAGAGAGAGAGAGAGAGAGAGAAAGAGAGAAAAAAGAGAGGAGAAGCAGGAAAGACAAGACGAAAGGUACGCGUAUCUCAAAGCUCAAACAGCGGCUCGCGCGGAGGACCGAUCGCGAAUUUGCUUCUCCGGCGAGCUGGCUGCUUCCAUAUGGCAACUCGAUCGUGAUACAAGUGGCCAUAUUACUACUGUCACUGUCUCGAAGAUUAUCUUUACAUAAAGGAACACGUCGAUAA